AUGGGAAAGACGCAAUCCAAGCUCUCGCCGGAGCAACUAUCUGAACUGCAGAAAAUUACGUACUACGCAGUCGACCGCAAGGAAUUGCAGCAAUGGUACAAAGGCUUUAUGAGUGAUUGUCCAUCGGGCACGCUGGAUAAGGAUGAGUUCUCAAGGAUCUACAAGCAGUUCUUCCCUUUCGGCGACCCAGCUCCGUUGGCGGAAUACGUGUUCAAUGUCUUUGAUGAAAAUAAGAACGGCUCGAUUGACUUCAAAGAGUUUAUUUGCGCUUUGAGUGUCACAAGCCGAGGACGCCUCGAUGAGAAACUUCGAUGGGCGUUCCAGCUGUACGAUAUCAAUGGCGAUGGGUCUAUCACGUACAAUGAGAUGCUUACCAUUGUCCAGGCUAUCUAUAAAAUGACAGGGAAUAUGGUGAAGCUGCCCGAAGAUGAAGACACGCCUGAAAAACGCGUCGACAAGAUCUUCUCGCUGAUGGAUCGCGACAAGAAUGCGGAGUUGUCAUUUGAAGAAUUCCGCGAAGGCUCAAAGCAAGACCCAUCGAUUGUCCAAGCUCUCUCGCUCUAUGAUGGACUCGUCUAA